GCUCAGACUUUGGAACCGGGGCAACACACUCACAAGUCCCGGUAAUCACGUCAAGGCGGACGGCAGAACUAUAAAAGCCUAAAAAUCAAGGCGCAAGAAUUAGUCUUCACUCAAGGAGGACUCCUCUUACCUUAAGGCCUUUCCAGGUGCUAGACCCAACAUGGGGAGUACCAGGUUCUGCCUUUUGCUGCUCCUGGGCACGUACACACUGGCCCAGCAAGACGUAGGAAGUGUGGAUAAACAAUCUCCGACCUGCUUUUUGGCCACAACGUAUAAGAACUUCAGACGCUUUGUGUACGACUACGAGGCCGAGACCUUCAACGGCGUCAACGGAGCCACGGACAACAAGAGCGGCCCCAGAGUCUCCUGUAAAGUUGAACUGGAAGUGCCUCAGACCUGCAGCUUCAUCCUUCGCACCACAGAAUGUUCUCUGAGCGAGAUAUCCGGCGUGGACGGAGAGGGCAACGCCCUGUAUCGCCCUGCCGCCGGAGCUCAAGCCUUCAAAGCCGCAAUGGCCAAGAACCCGCUCAAGAUCACAGUGGAGGGACAGACCGAUGUGAAACUCUUCCCCGAGGACGACGAGGCGGUCAACAUCUUGAACAUCAAGAGGGGCAUCGUCUCCUCCCUCCUCGUUCCCGCCAUGGAAGAGGAGAGAAACGACAAAAUGGCCACGGUGUACGGCGUCUGUGCCACGGACUUUACAGCCAACACCGCAACCGACGCAACUAUCAGCAGGGAUCUUUCUGGAUGUGAUGGUUUUAGCGCUCACCGACAUGCCACCAGUCCCCUGGCAAUCAUCUCCGGCAUGCACUAUCCCCUGUCCAAGUUGAUCAGCAGCAGCCAGAAGUGCGAUUACAAGUUUGACAACCAGAAGAAGCAUAUGACCAGUGCGAGCUGCAGAGAGAAGCACCUCUUCCUGCCUCUCUCCCACCAGAAUGAAUAUGGACUUUCCACUAUUGUAAAGCAGACUGUGGCCCUGAGGGAGACCGCCAAGAUUAAUGACAGAAUAUUUGAUCGCAAGGAGGCCAACCUCCGCUUCCUGCCAAUGGAGCACAUUGACGAACGGUCCCCUGUGCAAUCUAAAGAUGCCGCCAUUGCCACAAUGCAGCAGCUGGACACUCUGUCCCAGACCAGUAAGGGAGAGGAGCGUGCCUCCCUCUUCCACAAACUGGUGUCUGAGCUGCGUGGCCUGAAGGCUGAUGUGCUGGGUUCGGCUGUCCUUGAGAUGACGGAUGUGUCCAACCCCCUGACCGUGCAAGCUCUGGUCCAGUGUGGUACUCCAGAGUGCAUCAGCGCCAUGCUGAAAUUUCUCAGGACCUUUGACAAGUCUUCUCUUGAAGUCGACGCCACUGUUUAUGCCCUGGCACUGCUGCCAAACCCCUCCCGCCUUUUGGUCAACGAUGUGCUGGCUAUGGCUCAGUACAAGCAGAGCAAGCCCAUCAUGUACGCUCUGAGUAAUACAGUCAGGAAAUUGUACCAGGCUGAGGGCAAAGUCACUCCUGAGAUCACUGCUGCUGCGGACUUCAUGGCUUCCCUUUUGGGCUCAGACUGUGCUGGGGACAAAGACCUUACCUUCCUGACAUUGAGGGUUGUAGGUAACAUGGGAGAUGUAAUGGAAGACGCUUACCCUGCUAUCAAGAACACGCUGCUGAAGUGUAUGAGGCAGCCUGCAACCACCCUCUCUGUUCAGCUUGCAGCCAUCCAGGCUUUCAGACGCAUGUCUUUGACGGAUGAGGUUCGCGCUAACCUCCAGAGGGUCAGCCAAUAUGCAAAAGGUGCUGUGCAGAAACGCCUUGCAGCCUACCUGAUUCUGAUGAGGAAUCCCCAAAACAGUGACAUUGAGAUAGUGAAGAAGAUCCUGAAGCAGGAGCAGAACGUGCAAAUUAAAUCCUUUGUGACCUCCCACGUCUAUAACAUCAUCUCCUCUACAGAUUCUGAUACUCAGAAGCUUGCUAGGAAGAUAGUGGACGCCUUGCAGGACAUUGACGUUGGCACUCACGAUGACUACAUGACAAAGUCUCGCAACUACAAGCUGGGUGUGGCACAUGAGAACAUGCAAGUCAAUAUUCAGGGCAACCUUAUCUUCGACUCUAGCAACCACCUGCCCAGAGAGAUCCUGUUGGAAUCUACCCUGAAAGCCUUUGGCUACAAUAUGGAUAUGUGGGAGGCUGGCCUCGAAGGGAAAGGUUUUGAACCCACUAUUGAGGCCUUGUUUGGAAAAAACGGCUUCUUCCCAGACACACUGUCCAUGGCUAUGUACUGGGCGGAGGAUAAGCUGCCACUCAAGAUAAAGGAAGUUCUGGAGAAGUGGGUCGUUCCAUCAAAACCAGAAGGGUAUAAGGUUCCUGAAGAUCUUAUAAGAGAAGUAGCUCACAAUUUCAACAAGCUGAUGAGAGAAUUGCAGAAUCAGGAAACACCAGAGGCCAUGGCCUACCUUAAGAUCAUGGGGGCAGAGCUGGGCUUCAUCAAGGCCAGCGAUAUUAGGUUUAUUGCUGAUAAUGCAAAAAUGUAUGCAGACAUUUUCCUCAGGCUCCUCCCCAGACAGGUGAUGUCUAAACUGAUGUCCGGCACAGACAAUGAGCUCUUUAUUCAUUACAUGUUCAUGGACAACAGAUUUGUCCUACCAACUGCAUCUGGCUUGCCUCUGACUUUUUCUCUCUCUGGCAUUUUUGCUCCCGGAGCUAAGGGAGGCAUUCGCAUUUCUCCAAACAUGAAUGAACUCCUGUUCAUGCCUUCUGUUGGAGUGGAGUUUGUGACCCAGAUGGGAGUCCAUGUCCCUGAAUUUGUUGACUCUACUGUCGAGAUGCACACCAGCAUGUACCAUGAGAGCACCCUAGAUGCUAAGCUAAUCAUGGAGCCGAACCAAGUCAAACUCCUCAUUCCGGCCGCUAAAGGCACUACAAAGCUCUUUAGAAUCAGCAAUAGAGUGCUGAUCAUGGGCGCUGGCAAGGCUGCAGAAAUCCCACACAAUACAGGUGAUGUGAGUUGUGGCUUCUUCGUCGCAUUCAAUUAUUGCACUACAAAACUUCAAGUUGACACUGGCAACAAAAAGAAUGUGCCCUACUUCCCCCUGAACGGAGAAACAAUGUUUGCAGUUGACAUCACGCCUGCCAUACAUUUUUCGGCGUACACAGCUACCAUUGCAUACAAUCUCCUCAGUGAAGGAAAUGAUGGCCGCCAUAAGGUUGAUUCCCUGAAGAUGACUUUGAAAACUGAAGGGGCUAAUCCAAAAGAAGCUUCUGCCACCAUGAAAUACAACAGGAAUAGGAAUGUCUUCACCACCCAACUCCAGAUACCCAACAUGGAUGUCGAUGGCGGAGUGAAGGUUGGCUUGACUGACAGCAGCACCAAAGGCAAAGCCAUUACCUUUGAGAUAACUAACAAGAAAGUACCACAACUCACUCUGACUGCUCGUGCCCGGCUUCAUGACAUGGCUGAUGGCCUGCUGCUGGUUCAGAUGUCGGCACCACCUCUGAAGACAGAUGCUACAAUCUCUGCUACCAUGAGCAAAGCUGAAGAUAUCACAUUUGAGAUCAAAAGUGAUGUGAAUCUUCCAGAGACCUCAUCCACUCAGUCAGUCACAUUCAAAUAUGGGGAGGACCAUGCUGAGGUUAAGCUGAUGUCCAACAUGAAUGCUGAGACCAAAGUCAUAAAGCCUUACACUAAAGCCUUAAUGGUCUCAAUCCAAGAUUUUGCUGAGGAUGCCAUGGACCAUCGGGUUAUCACCAACGCCGUUGAGGCCAGCGGUAUCUGGACGAACAAGAUCUUAGCUGAUGUCCCCUAUGUGGAGACUGUGAUGAAUAACAUCGCAAGAGUGGAGAUGCCCUCUAUGCCCGAGAACCUAUUCAUGAACAUGGAAAGCAAAUUCCGUUACAAGUUCAACAAGGACCAUCUGACCAUCACUAUCCCUCUGCCUCUUGGGGGGAAAUCCUCUGAGGAAUUAAGGAUACCUCCCGUAGUCACCUCCCCUCGCAUUUCCAUGCCACAGCUGGGAAUGGAGCUCGCCCCACAGGAAAUAAAAAUACCCAUGUUUACCAUUCCCUCUGAUCAUGAAAUCACUCUGCCCCUUAUUGGAAUGGUGGAAAUGUCUGGCAAGGUGAACAGCAACUACUACAACUGGGAGACAACUGUGUCUGCAGGCAACAACACUGAAAACUUUCCAAACUACUUGGCCAAAUUCCAAGUUAAGGCUAACAGUCCAAUCGAGCUUCUUUCCUUCACAACUGAGGGAGCAACGGAACUUACCGAUACAGACAAGAACACAAUGAAAUUCACAGUGAAUGGCACCCUGGAGCACCAAUUUGUGAGUACAAGGGUGAAUGUGGAGGAAACUAUGGCUGUCUCAGACCAUGUCAAGUCAUCAGGAAUCUACAACAUCCAUGCUGCCACCCCCUUGGGCCUUCAGACAUCUUUGGAUAUCAACACACAUUUCUCUAUUGAUUCAGUCAAGCUAUUGGGAGAUAUCAAUGCUGACGGAAGUGUCAGUGUUGGCUCUUUAACAUCUAGCACGUCAUAUUUCAACACCUUUUCAGUUGACACUGCAAAGAAAGAGGCCCGUUUGGAAAGCACGCUGAGAGCAAACUCUGAAAUCCUGUUGGUUACAAACAAGAUCAAGGCUGUGUAUUCAAAGGAGGAGUUUAUGAUUAAUUCUAACACUAAUAUCAACAGUGAUCCCAUCAAGCACUCGACAAAAAUGAGCCUUAACCACAAGGAUGCCAAGCUUACCAUCAAGUCUGUCUCUGUGACCAAGGCUGAUCAGAGAACGCUUCACAACAAUGUUGAAUUCACCGCCUCUGGAGGUCAAGCCAACCUUCAUUUUGAAAAUAAGGCUGAUGACACAGUAAACCGUGCCUACUCUUUGCUCUUUGCCUCCAUUAAUCCCUCUGGUUUGGAGCUCAAUACUGAUGCCUCCAUUAAUUUACUUUCGAGCCUCUCCUCUCACAAGGCAACCCUGACCCUCAACACAAAUGGCCUGACCACCAGUUGUAUUACAACUGCUCAGCACAGAACACUGACCUUUGGAAAUAUUUUCCACGGGGGAAUUGACGCUGCUGGCGCUACCAUGUCACUUACCACCAAGGGAGGCAUUCAAGAUAACAAAGUUGAGUUCAAUGUUGAAGGAAAAGUUGCCAGCUCAGAAGUCUAUCUCAAUGGCCUACUUACAGGAGACGGUCUUGGCAUCAACACAAGAAACACAAUGAACUUCAGAGUGAGCAAAGAUGGCCUUGUUGUAUCCAACAGUAUUGUUGGAUCUUUUGACGAAAUGAGAACUGAUAAUGUUAAUUCCCUCUCUCUUACACUAACAUCUUUGACCCUCCACACCAAGAGUGACAAUACCCUUAACAAACAAAACUCCUACAUGCAUGACAUCACAGUUACCAUGGAGGAUUUUGUUGCCACAGUCAUGGUGAAAAAUGAUCUAAAGAUCAUGGAGAUUAACUUUAACAACAAUGCCCAGUUCACGGCAAAGCCCUACUAUGUGGAGCUGACGGGAACACUGAAGGGACUCUUGUCAGGGGAUGAGCUCAAGCACACUUAUGAAGUCAAAUUCAAGGACAUGAUCCUCUCUACAAAGUGCAACACCAACGGUAAACUCCUGGGUUCUCAGAUCACACAUAACACAGAUAUGGAGGUUGCUGGUCUAACUAUUAAAUUCAGCAAUGUUGCCGAUUAUAAAUCACAGUCUCUUCGUCUUAACAGCAUGAUUAAUGCUCUUGCUAAACCUUUCUCCCUUAACAUUGAUGCCUUGUUCAACUCAAAUGGUGCAGUGUCUUUUUACGGACAGCAGAGUGGGGAACUAUACAGCAAAUUCCUCCUGAAAGCUGAACCCCUGCUGUUCACGCAUUCAUUUGAGUACAGAGCCUCAACCACUCAUGAGAUUGAGGGCAGACCCACUAUCAAAACCACAGUGGAUAACAAGCUCAGCAGCACCUUAAGUUUCCAAGAGCAGAGAUUCAAUCUGAAAGUGACAUCAAAGGUCAACGACCACACCUUUAAACAGGAACUUGGGGCCUACAACAAUGCAGAGAGGAUGGCUGUUGAGAUGAGAGGAGCAGUGGCCACAAACCUCUUCAACGAAGACACUGAGGACUACAGUGUUUCUGGAUUUGUCAAGUAUGACAAGAACACUGACAGCCACUUAAUCCAGAUCCCAUUCACUGAGCACCUCCCUGUCAUUAUUGAAAAUGUAAAGAACACUAUGAUGAGACUCAUGGACAACAGUAUUGAACUUCUGAAAGACAUCAAUACCAAGUAUGAGAUCAGCACCAAGUUUCAGAACAAAGUAUCUGAACUGAAGGAAGUAAUUGACAACUUUGACGUAAACGUCUUUGUCCAAGAUGUGAGAAAGUUUAUCAACUCUAUUGAAAAUAUCUUGACCAACCUGACAACUAAGUUGCCAACAGAUAAUGUUAUCAAUGAGUUGAAAUCCAUCAUGGAGACCAUCAUGGCUUACAUCAAACAACAUAACAUCCCUAAUAGGUUUAAUGUCAUUUAUGGCAAAGUGGAGGAAAUGCUGUCCAAGUAUGAGGUUGAGAAGCUGAUCGGGACAGUGAUGGAUGAGAUUGUUAAGAUUAUGAAGCAAUAUCAGGUGAGGGAAAAGAUUCAAUCUGUAUUUGCGCUGUUUAGGUCAAUUGACAUCCAACCUUUGAUCCAAAAGGUUAUGGUACCUAUUCAGGAGGUAGUGAAUCAGCUGUAUUCUUUUGACUUGACGCAGAUGAUUGAUGACAUGAGCGAUUAUGUCAUAAGAAUUGUCCAGAAAAUACAAUCCUUUGAUUAUGACACAUUAACAGCAGAGUUGAAAGAGAAAGUGACAGACUUGAGCAAGAUUCCUUGUUUUGGAAAACUCUACGGAGAGUUCAAAGUAAACUCGCCACACUAUAACCUAAGGACUACUGCAGAUCUGGAGAACACCACAACUACAUCAGUAACACCAGAGUUCAAAGUGAACCUUUAUUCUCAGGCCAAAUCUACUUUAAGAGUCCUCCAGUUUACAGUAGAUGCCAGUGCACAUAUUGCUCUACCCAAGAUGAGACGUAUGGCAAUCUCAGAGUACAUAAAGAUCGAUCAGUCAUCUUUUAAAGUAGACCACAAGGCAACAAUGGCUGUGUACCGCCUGGCAGUUCAAGGUUCUGCCGACACCAGUGUGAACAUAGCGACUGAGUUGUAUUCUGCAGAUCUUGUCAACCACAUGUACUUUGCUGUGGAAGAUGGACUCUCUGCCACUGUAAAUACAAACUACAACCAUGACCUUAACGUGUCACCCCUCAACAUCUUCACUCACGUAUCAACAACUCAAAAGACAAAUCUAACGUUGGAUGCAGGCUCUGCCCAUGUGAAGAUGAACAAUCUGGCUAAUGCAAAAUAUGCAAUUGAAGAUUUUUCAGAUGAGGUAACACACAACAGUGACAUGGACCUGGUUAUGGAUUUACACACAGCCAAAGUGACUUUCAUUGGUGCAACAGACAGCAAAGGUUUUAAAAACAGCCAGAAUGUGGUUGCAGACAUCUGCAUUUUCCGCCAUGUCAUUAUUGAUGCCAAAAUUGAAACAGAAACACCUAUAAUGAAAGGCAGUGUCGCACAGCUGAAGUUCCAGGCUAAGGCUGCCGAUUUGCAAAUAGAUCUUACUGCCUCCCAUUUUGCAGAAUUGAUUGACGGAACUCUUUCAAGCACCACCCUUGCCAUGAUUACGCCUACGAAGAUUAUGUUUGAUACUAAGAAUAGGGUCAAUUCCAAGCUCUACCUUCCAUUUCAGCUGCCUGAAAAGAUUGAGUUCCAGAAUGACAUAUUACUUACGCUGAACUCUGAAAUACAACACGCCAGCUGGGCAGGAAUGGCCCGACUCAACCAAUACAAAUAUUCCCAUUACUUUGAAAUGGAUAAUGGUGAUAGCGAAAUCGAUGUUGUUUCCCAGAUCAAUGGAGAGGCUAAUCUUGAUUUCCUGAGGAUACCAAUCACUAUUCCUGAAAUAAGAGUGCCAUAUAAUGGAAUGAGGACAUCAAAAUAUGACUUUACACUGUGGGAAGAUGCUGGCCUGAGAUAUUUCCUUACUACAACUCAGCAGACGUUUGACAUGAACUCAUAUGUGAAAUACAUCAAGAACCCUGAGAUGUUCACCCUUGACAUUAAUGUGGAUCCAGUUAUCAGUGUCAUUAACACUAACAUCAAGACGCUGCACAAGAAAAUGCUAAUCGGCAAAGAAAAGGCUGCUGCCCUGCUUGCUUCAUCGUACGAUAAAGCACAAGCAGAAUAUGAGAAAUACAGCAUUGACUUGCCUAAAACCGUGACAAUUCCUGCUUAUAAAGUACCAGUCAUCAAUGUUGAGAUGUCAACAUUCACCAUUCCCCUUCCGGACACCAGUCUUCUCACUAUGCCCACUCUGCAUGUUCCAUCAGCCAUCAGCAAGCUGACCCUUCCCAAAAUUACUCUGCCCAAAAUUAAGAGCAUAAAUGUUCCAAAGAUGGGUGAUCUGACCUAUGAGUUCUCUGUGAAAACACCCAUGAUCACUCUCAAAACCAACUCCAGCAUUCUCAACCAAGACAGCUUCAUCAUCAAGCUCGAUGCAUCCUCAUCUUCAGUAUGCAAAAUUCUGACAGGGAAAAUUCAUGGCCACACCAAUGUUAAUGUAGUUGGCGGAUUUAAGAUGGCCUCUGUCCUGUCUGUAAAACAUCCGGUGGUUGAGGGAAGACACGAAAGCACAGUCAUCUUGAGUUAUGAAAACUCUGACGCCUCUGUCAGCAAUUCAGCAAAGGUUCAUCUGUCUGAUCUGACCAUGGAAAUGCACCAGGAGAUGACUGGAAACCCAGAAGAAGGCCUGGUUUUCUCUGUGUCCACCCCAUCUGCUGGACAUGUUGCAGUUCAGUUGCAGACAGAGCGCCCAGCGCAAAUGAGCGCAAGACUGUAUGGCCGCUACCCUACUGAACCAACAACAGACAUUGACAUCUUGGCCCUGAAGAUGUCUGUGGUGAACUCUGAGAAGCUGAAUGUUCAGACUUCCUGGAACAUGGAGAUGCCAUAUGAGAUGACGCUGGCACUAAAGAAGGAGCUAUCUGAAGUGGCGCAAAUAGCCAUUCUUCCUUCUGUAAUUGCAUACGAUAAAAUCGAUCGUUAUGCCAGAAGCCUUGGGGGUUCCCUCGAACAGGCUAAGAACCACGGUACAGUGUUGUUUAAGGAAGCUGUGGACAACAUUGCAGCAGUUAAUGUCUCCAACGUUAUAACGUCUCUCACAGAUCAGACGUCGUAUGCGCUUAGAAAAUACCAACAAAGGGUUGACCUCUUUCUUGAUGCUGCGGUUAAAUUCCUGAGAGAGACCAAGUUCCUGAUCCCAGGUUACACACAUAGGCUGUCAGGGCUUGAGAUCUAUCAGAAAUGUACUAACUUUGUCCUUACCGUAUCCAGGGAUGUAAUUAUGAUAAUCACAAACUUCUUGUUCCACAUUUCUAAUUACACUGUUGAGUCCUUUGAUGCCAUUAAGUUUACAAUUCCAGGCACUGAUCGUAUUGUCCGUGGAGGUGACAUCAUAUAUAACUUACUUGAAGUUCUAGGGAAAGCCCAUUCCCAAGUGAGGGCCACUUUGAGAAAAUCGGGAGUUUAUGAAGAUAUUGUCAGGUUUGCAACUGCAUUUAUGGACUUGGCUGGGGAACAAUGUCACAGGUUUUUCCAAAUUUUAGAAUCCGGAGAUCUAGCGAGGUUCUCCAACUUUGUGACCGACAUGUACGAUGACGCCAUUAACUCACGUGCCUUUGAUAAUGUAGUCAAGCAGUUUGAGAAGGUCCAAAGGAUAAUUAUUGAAUACCUCACAAUUGUCACAAGCAAACUUCAGACCAUUCUUGCUGACGUCUCCCUGGAACAGCUUGAAGCAGACAUCAAGCCCUCAGUGGACUUGAUGCUGAAUAGCGCACAUUCUUUGCUUACGGAUGUCGGGGAAGUCCUUCAGGAAAAAAGUAAAACGGUUAAACAAUUCGUGACAGUUGGUGACAGACAGAUGGAGGUCGAUAUUCCUUUUCCCUUCACAGCCCAUCAUUUAAAAAUCACGAGUGUCUUUGGGAGCCGGCUUGAUCCAAACCUGCCCAAAAGCCGCCCGUGUGGCGGUUUCGAACACCUCCCAGAUGCCUUCCUUGGUCUUGGCCGAGCACUCCACGUACUCGUACGCCCCGAUCCGCGUCGCCAUGGCGCGGCCGUCCUCGGGCCGCACCGGCACCAGCUUCUGGCGGGCCAGGUCCUGCUUGACGUGGUCGUCGUGGCGCAGGUCCUUCUUGUUGCCCACCAGGAUGACCGGCACGUUGGGGCAGAAGUGCUUCACUUCCGGCACCCACUUCUCCGGGAUGUUCUCCAGCGAGUCCGGGCUGUCCACGGAGAAGCACAUGAGAAUGACGUCCGUGUCCGGGUAGGAGAGAGGACGCAGGCGGUCGUAGUCCUCCUGCCCGGCGGUGUCCCACAAGGCCAGCUGGACUUUGGUGUCGUCCACCUCGAUGUCCGCCACGUAGGUCUCGAACACGGUCGGCACGUACACUUCCGGGAACUCGUCCUUGCUGAAGAGGAUCAGGAGACAUGUCUUCCCGCACGCCCCGUCGCCCACCACCACCAGCUUCUUGCGGAUGUCGACCGCCGUCUGCGCCUCCCUCGCCAUGUUGGAAACUAUUCUCUUUGUAACGUGCGCCCGCGUCCUCUUUAUAAAGCCGAGGGUGGCUUCCUAAAUAUAGCAACCCAAUCGGAAGUAGGGAGGCGAUAUCGGCGGCUGGUGUCGCGACCCGUGAUUGGACCGGGCCAUAGAGGAGGGACACGAACGCUGACGUUUUACGGGAAUUGCCGUUCUAAUGUCAACAAUCAAAGGCUAUCAAAGCCUGGCAGCAAAAAAAAAAAAAAAAAAAAAAAAAAAAAAUCAGCGCUCUCUCCAAGGAAACAAAACAAUAUAGAAUUUGGUUUACGGCGUGUGUGCCUCAAGCCCGGAGCCUCUCUCGGACACUAUAACGCGCUUUCCCGUGGAAUGAGCAUUCCAUGCAGCAUCCUAGGUAUGAAUGACGGGGCCUGGCAGGAGACGAGAGGUGGGAUGCUGCAUGCAAACGGUGCUCCUGAGGGUGGAGGUGUCAGAGUCCUCGCUGGAGUGCCCUUAGCUGCAGUUGCCGGACCUCCAGGAGGCCCGCACUUGCAGGGCAUGGACAGGGGUGGCAAUCCUGCGCCGGGAACACCGCAGCCUCCGUUGAGCGGCCGCUCGCAGGAUGACGCCACAGUGGGCUACUUCUUUCAGAGGCAGCCUGGAGAGCAACUGGGGGGUUGCACACCUAGUAAACAUCGAUGGCCGACUGGGGACCCUAAUGUUGAUCAGGUCCGUGCCGUGGAUGACAUGAAUUACGACUUUCAAGCACUCGCUUUGGAGUCCAGAGGGAUGGGUGAGCUUUUGCCUGCCAAAAAGCUCUGGGAUUCUGACGAGCUGGCGAAGGAUGGAAGAAAAGGAAUGCUUCUUGGGGAGGAGUGGAGGGACAACGCAUGGGGGCCAUCGCACCAUUCAGUGUCCCAGCCAAUUAUGGUCCAGCGGCGGCCAGGCCAGGGUUUUCACGGAAACGGCGAUGCCAAUUCCGUGCUCUCGCCCCGCUCCGAGGGCGGAGGCUUGGGUGUUAGCAUGGUGGAGUACGUCCUGAGCUCGUCUCCCGGCGACAAAAUGGACGCUCGUUACAGGAACGGUGGCUACGGCGGGGGAGAUGCCGACCAGGACGGGAGGGAGAAGAUUGAUGGCCAAGAGAAGGUGUCUCCCUUUGAGGAGGACAAGAGCCCAGAGAUGAAGGUGGGAGACGAGAACGACCCUGCAAAAGCCAAUGGAAGAAGUUUACUCAACGGCAUGGACAAAGACUUCAACCCAACUCCAGGAAGCCGCCAAGCUUCUCCCACUGAAGCGGUGGAGAGAAUGGGCCCCAACCAGACCGGACUUGAGAUGAUGAGCCAGCACCAUCAUCAUGUCCACCAUGCCCUCCAACAGCACAACCACAUCCACAACAAGGGCCAGGUGGAGGACUUCCAGAACCAGGAGGCCCAGAACAUGGGUGGUAUGGAGCAACAAGCCGGCGUGGAAUCCCUUCAGUUUGACUACGCAGGGAACCAGAUUCAGGUGGACUCCUCCGGAACCCCAGUGGGAUUGUUCGACUACAACUCUCAGCAGCAGUUAUUCCAGAGGUCCAACCCCCUGACUGUUCAGCAGCUUACAGCAGCCCAGCAGCAACAGUAUGCUCUUGCAGCGGCUCAGCAGCAGCAUCUUGCUGGCCUUGCACCUGCAUUUGUGCCAAACCCUUAUAUCAUUAAUGCUGGGCCCCCUGGAACUGAUCCCUAUACUGCAGCAGGCUUGGCAGCAGCAGCCACACUUGCUGGGCCGACAGUGGUUCCACCACAAUACUACGGCGUUCCUUGGGGUGUGUACCCAGCCAAUCUGUUCCAACAGCAGGCUGCGUCUUCUGCUAAUCACUCUGCUAAUCAGCAAGCAUCCAAUCAGGGACCAGGGCCAGGUCAACCUCAGGUGAUGCGCACAGGGAACAACCAGCGUCCUCUUACACCCGGUCAAGGCCAACAGAGCCAGCAGGAAUCUUUGGCUGCUGCAAACACUGCAUUGGCGUAUACAGGAAUGCCCGGUUAUCAGGUGUUGGCCCCCGCUGCUUACUAUGACCAGACUGGGGCUUUGGUGAUGGGCCCAGGUGCCCGAACUGGCCUGAGCGGGCCAGUUCGUUUAGUCCAGACACCUCUCCUCAUUAAUCCUGCAGCAGCACAGGCGGCAGCUGCGGUGUCGGCGUCAGGUUCCGGCAACAAUAUGUCAGGCCCCCCAGCCAACGGCUUGUACCGCUCAAUGCCUCAACCCCAACCUCAGCAGCAGCAGCAGCAGGCUCCCCCGCAGAGCAGCGGCAUGCCCUCGAGUUCUUUCUACGGGUCUGGAUCAGUCUCUCUCGCCAACACCUCUCAGAGCAGCUCAUUGUUCUCCCACACCUCUGCUGCACCUCCGCUCCAGACCUCCUCCCUGGGCUUCAGCAGCCCUGGCAACUCGCUCGGCGUGGGCCUGGCCUCUGCUCUCGGAGGGUUUGGAUCCUCUGUAUCCAGCUCUACCAGUAACAGCGUGUCUCGCAGGGACUCCCUGUUGACAAGCUCCGAUCUUUACAAACGCGGAAACAGCAGUUUAACGCCCAUCGGGCAGCCUUUUUACAACAGCCUGGGUUACUCCUCCUCACCCAGCCCGAUUGGGCUCACCUCCGGCCACUCACCACUCACUCCUCCACCUUCACUGGCCUCCUCUCAUGGAUCCUCCACCAGUCUUCACUUAGGAGGCUUGACAAAUGGCAGCGGGCGUUACAUCUCUGCAGCACCUGGAGCCGAAGCAAAGUACCGCAGCACCGGCGGGACGUCCAGUCUAUUUAAUUCCAGCAGCCAGCUUUUCCCUCCGUCUCGCCCUCGCUACAGCCGGUCUGAUGUCAUGCCGUCCGGCCGCAGCCGCCUCCUUGAAGACUUCAGGAACAACCGCUUCCCGAACCUUCAACUUCGAGACCUGCCUGGACACAUGGUGGAGUUUUCUCAAGACCAGCAUGGAUCCAGAUUCAUCCAGCAGAAGUUGGAGAGAGCCAGUCCGGCUGAGAGGCAGAUGGUUUUUGGAGAGAUUUUGCAAGCAGCUUACCAACUUAUGACCGAUGUGUUUGGGAACUAUGUCAUCCAGAAGUUCUUUGAGUUUGGAAGUGCAGACCAGAAGCUGGCUUUGGCGACUCGUAUCCGAGGUCAUGUCCUCCCUUUGGCUCUACAGAUGUACGGCUGCAGGGUAAUUCAGAAAGCCUUGGAGUCCAUUUCUUCAGACCAGCAGGUAAUUAGUGACAUUGUUCGUGAGCUGGAUGGCCAUGUUUUAAAAUGCGUGAAGGACCAGAACGGGAACCAUGUAGUGCAGAAGUGCAUCGAGUGUGUCCAACCUCAAGCCCUGCAAUUCAUUAUAGAUGCCUUCCAAGGCCAGGUGUUUGUCCUCUCCACGCACCCUUACGGCUGCAGAGUCAUCCAAAGGAUUUUGGAGCACUGCACCCAGGAGCAGACUUUGCCAAUACUGGAAGAGCUGCAUCAGCACUCUGAGCAACUGGGUCAGAAAUAUCAAGGCGUAUCAUUGGAGAUGACACCCAAAACAUAUUAUACAGUGUCCCGUGAUGCACUGUUCAAGGAUCAGUAUGGUAACUACGUCAUACAGCAUGUUUUGGAGCACGGGAGACCUGAAGACAAAAGCAAGAUAGUCGCAGAAGUCCGUGGGAAGGUUCUCCUCCUGAGCCAACACAAAUUUGCAAGUAAUGUCGUUGAGAAGUGUGUGAUUCACUCCUCGCGUGCCGAGAGAGCCCUGCUGAUCGACGAGGUGUGCUGCCAGAAGGACGGCCCCCACAGCGCCCUGUACACCAUGAUGAAGGAUCAGUACGCCAACUACGUUGUACAAAGAAUGAUAGACAUGGCCGAACCUGCUCAGCGCAAAAUCAUCAUGCACAAGAUCCGGCCUCACAUCGCCACACUGCGAAAGUACACGUAUGGGAAACACAUCCUGGCCAAGCUGGAGAAAUACUACAUGAAGAGCGGAUCCGAGCUGGGACCCAUCGGGGGCCCUACCAAUGGUCUCAUGUAGUCCCGCGGACGUCACGGAGCCACAGACAACAGACGCAGGUUCCGUUAACCUCUGCCCCUCAACUAUGAGGGGAAUUACCAAAAGGAAAAAAAAGUCAAUUUCACCCUAAAAUGCUGUGACAACUGACUCCCUCCACGGCGCCCCCUUAUUCUCUCGGGUAAAGCACAAGGCCAUUGUUAAUUAUGUAAUUGAUGUAUUUGACAGCUUUUCAUAUUGUACAUUUGAUUUUUUUUUUACCUUGUAAAUUCUUUGUAGAGGGGACAAAAACAACACAUUUGCUGAAACUUCUUACAAUUCACACCAGCAAGUGACUUAUUAAAAGCUAAAACUGAGUGACUAAAUUCCAUUAUGCUUUGUCAACCCGGCUCGUCUAAGUUGAGGUUAUUUGAUAUUCCUCCGUGAUCCCACGUCGGGUUGUAACAAUAGUAUCCCAAUGCCAAAGCCGCAUUGUCUGGGGGGGGGGGCUUUCACUAAGUCAUGUUUUUAAAUAGAUUGCCUUGGUUUUUGGUCAUUUAGUUGGCAGUCUGAAUAAUUUUGGUACCUAAAUAUUUCCAUUAUACACGCGAUUAACUGGUACUAAUGACAAGAGAAUUUAAGGCGUUCUAGCAGAGGUUUUUUUUUUUUUUUUAAAAUGCGAUAGUAGUCGGGGCUUGACGGCAUGCUGUGGCAGGUUGCCUCUUAAUCAUUGUUACAUAAUACAAAAUGAACACUGCCCCAGAGCUAUCUGUAUAUGGUAAAUAAUCAUCUUUGGCUUAUUAGUAGUUUAGUGUAGCAUCUUUUGUGUCAAUUGUCGCUUUCACCCCACCAACGCCGCCAUAUAAUAGUCACAAUUGUAAAGGGGAGUUUAUCCCAGCGUUGUACAUGAGAUAAAUAGACGGACUCGGAAGGGAAGGGAAGUCCAUUUUUUAAUGUUCCUGUGUUUGUAUUUCUAAUCCUAAUUUGGGUAAGGGGGGGUAUGCAUUGAUUGGAGGCCGGUGGGGCCAUCUUAAAGCUAUACAACUGUCCUGUAAUCGUAGUGAUGGCUUAUUUGCUUCAUAUGAAUUGUAGAAUAUUUGUAGUAUAUGUGCAGUUGGUAAUUGUAAGAUUAUUCUUAUCAUCAUUAUUAUUAUUAGUUAAACUGAAGAAGAAGAAAAAAGUCUCCUUGUGGUGUUUGACAGGCCUUGCAAACUUGUAGUGAUGCUUUUAUUCCCUCUGUACAGUUGUACAUUUGUAAACGUUGAUGCUGUAAAUGGGAUGUCUUUUACAUUUUAGUGGGGAGAAAAAGGCUAAAAGUGUGCAUUUUUUGACGUGUGUGUAUAUUCAUCACUCCUUUCCCCCCCGUUUUGAAUAUAAUGUAUACAGUUUUAUUUGAGCAAUUAUUUUGAUAGAGGAAAAAAACAAGUCCUUUUUAAAGCUUCACAAUCUGGCAUGUAUUGUUUUUAAUCUCUUACAGGAAAAAAAAAAGGCCAGCCUCUAUUUGUACUGGAGCUGCUGUAACAUCCACUGUUGAUAGUCUUUCUGAUGUGACACUUUUAAAAAUGGAUUUACAAACAAAACAAAAAAAAGAAUUCGGAGGCUGCCUUUUAGUCUUCUGCUAACUUCACAGGAUACGACGAGAAAUAUUUUUGUACAGAAACAGUGCUGUAUUUUUGGCGCAGCGACUACCUUGUAAGCAAAAAAAAAAAAAAAACACACAUUGUAAAAUAUUGUCAAUUAUAUAAAUAUGAACAUAUGAGUUUUGUCACACUGUCAAAGUCAUGUACAUUUUCGGGUGGCCUUAUGUACAUUUCCAGAUGUUAGAUGAAGAAAACCAACUCAAUUUUUUUUUGGAGGCAGAAUUGUGACUAUGUAUGAUUAAACUGUUCUAACAUUUCA